AUGGGUGUCGAUUUCAACUGGAGGAAUUGCAGAGUCGAUGUGAAGCAAUUCCAAAUCUCGAUGUCAAGCGAUUCCAAAGUGAAAGCAGUUGCAAGAAAGCAGAAACGCAGCCAGAUAAAGCAAAGGCAGGGUCUUCUCCUGAGGCCUGAGGUUUCGUGGUCGUGGUGGUGGUUUGUCGUCAAGAUGGGUUCGACGCGUCGGAAUCUGUCGAGUCGCGAUCACGAGGUUGUUACGUCACGCGUUGACGAAGCCUUCGGGACGCGUCGCUGGCGGGCGCUUAUCCCGACGCAGGGCGAUUACCCUCGUCCCAGCGAGCACUACCUGCUCUAUACAGGUACCAGAAAGGUCACUUAUGUCGUGGGUCAUUUCCUGACCUGGAAUGAGGAUGACUUGGGUUCACUUCAAGCAGUCCCUUUCGCAGACGUCUGGCCGAAGGGGCUCCUCACGGUCACCGUCUUCUCAUAG